GCGUGUUGCUGAAACCUGUCACCGGUUUUACUGGGCUCGAAUCAAAGAGAGGCGGGAGGCGGCCCUUUGCUGCCGUGGCCCACGGGGGAAGGCUGAGCAGAUUUGUUCCGAGCCCCCUACUGCUGGAACAGCCCGCUGGGAGCGGGGUCAUUCUGAUCCCUGCGUUGGCCCUGCCGGUGGUUAAAGGCCGGGGGAGCCCUUCCCCAGCGCCUUGGCGGGGCCGCCCCUCCGCUCCGCUCCGCUCCCCUCGGCGGCGGCAGGGCCGGGUCCCGGUGCCGGCGGGCGGAGCCGCCCGUCCCGCUGGGUGUCACUCCGGGGCGGGAGGGGCGCGUUCAAAAGGCGAGGGGAGGGAAAAGCUCACCGCCACAGCCGCCGUCCGCACCGGCAGCCCGCCACGCCACGCCACGCCGCGGCACGGGCGGCAGCCGCUCCGCUUCCUGCGGGCCGGGGCGCUCCCGGCCCUCCGCCUCGGAGCCGGCGCCGGGCGGCGAGUCAUCGGCUGGUGCCGGCUGCCCCCCGACCCCAGCCCCGGCGGGCGGCGGCUCCCGGCCCCGCCGGCCCAUGCCAGAAGGAUGCUGGAGAGCGGCUGCAAGGCGGUGAAGGAGGGCGUGCUGGAGAAGAGGAGCGACGGGCUCCUGCAGCUCUGGAAGAAGAAGCGGUGCAUCCUCACCGAGGAGGGGCUGCUCCUCAUCCCCCCCAAGCAGCAGCCGCCGCCGCCGCCGCAGCAGCCGCCGCCGCCGCUGCCGGCCGAGCCGGCGGCCAAGAUCAAGGAGCUUCACUUCUCCAACAUGAAGACGGUGGACUGCGUGGAGCGGAAGGGCAAGUACGUGUACUUCACGGUGGUGAUGGCCGAGGGGAAGGAGAUCGACUUUCGGUGCGCGCAGGAGCAGGGCUGGAACGCGGCGAUCACGCUGCAGAUGGUGCAGUACAAGAACCGCCAGGCCAUCCUGGCCGUCCGCUCCACCCGCCAGAAGCAGCAGCACCUGGCGCAGCCCCACGGCCCGCGACUCCGCAGCGCCUCCAACUCCGCCUAGCGCAGGUUAAGUUAACGAAGCGCUUCGGGGAAGCGGGACUGAGCGGGUUCGUUGCGGACGUACUUCGGUUCAUCAAAAACUGGGCAAACGCCGGAGAUGCGGGUAGACCGGAGAGAAGCGGCUCGACAACCUGAACCCCAGCUAGCUCUGCCGCCGCUGCUUUGCCGCCCUCGGUGCCGAGAAGCAUUUCAAAUCUAUUAUUUAUGAACCUUGGAAAGGAUCCUUUGGUGUGAUGGGACUGCUAGGAGACAUGAUGUACUGUAACUUUAUUUUAAUGUAUUUUAUUUUAUUUAUUAGGGUUGUUUGGUUGGCUUUUGUUAUUUUUUUGUUUUCUCUUUUUUGUUUGUUUGGUUUUUUUUAAGGCUUGUUUGCAAGACAUUUCUGAAUGUAGGCCGUAUCCAAAAAGCCGAGGAAAAAAACGUGUGCGUUAGCUCCCUAAAGGAACUAAAAAGUUCUGGGUAGUUCGGCCGUGUGUGAUUUGACAAAAGACUUUUUCAUUUUUGCCCAAAAUAUGCUGUAUUACACUAACAUGGAAAAUGUGAUGUGUGGUUUGGAAUUUGGCUGGAGCCCACACUGCAUAUGAAAACUCUUCUCUUUAAUGAGAAUAAUAAUUAUAAUCUAGGGUUUAAAUUAUAUUCUUUUAAAUUAUUACGCGUGCUGGAAAAUGAUACAACUCAUUCACGCUUGGUUAUUCAAAAAAGUAACGUUGAUGGUCGUUCUGAGAUUAAAACCCUCCUCUUUUUAAUGUACGAAUGGAAGGGAAUCUGACCAACUUCUGUGAUGCAGGACUCUGGAUUCCAGUAACCCGUGUGAUGUGCUUGCUCCUGGCUUGGAGGGCCGGAGCCAAGCAGCGCUCUGAACAUUUCUCAGUGUCCGAGUUCAGGGCUCCCCCCGCACAGUUGGUUUGUGAGCGGUCUGGGCUCUCGACCGGUGGUGAAUUUUCAUGGCAGUUUUUUAAACGUCUUGCAUUAAAGUAGCCCCUAGUUUAAAAUCCAUCUUAUCUACGUCUUAGCUUGCAAGCGGAUUAUUUUGGUCACAGUUUUCAUAAGCUGAAAGUUGCUCUCUAGCUGAGAUAAACUAGAUUAAUUUUGGUGUUUAGCACUGUCAGAUGUCGAGAGAGGCGUACGAUCUCAUCUCUAAAAAUGUCGACGAAGCCAUGAAGUUGGAAAACAAAGGGCUAAUUGCACAGCUGGUGCGUCUUCCUCUGCCUCUUAAAAGUCAGUGGGAGUUUGGCUGUCGAUGCUGGCGAGAGCGGGUUGCAGAUCUUCGCCCCGCUGCAGAGGAGGGAGCCAGGCGUAGGCUGGCGUGCUUUCUAGGACAGGACCCUUUGGGCAAAGGGUGUUUUCACGUUGUGUGCCACUACGGCGUGGGUUCUCUGGUUUAAAUUGAGCGGGGAGGUUGUAAGCGGGAUGGAGCGACGAGGCCCGUUAUCUCUGGUUCAAGGUAGAAAGUUGCAGCCGCGGAGCUGUUUAUUUUAUUUAGCGUGGUGAGGAGAACAGCUUUUGGCCCCUUUACAAGUUACAUGAAGGUAAACAAAAUAUUUUAAAGCCACACAUCCAGGACUUUUCUGUUUGUGUAACUGAGGUGUAGCUUGACUGCAAAAGCCCCGCAUUCUUGGUUCAAACUGUUUCUGUAAGAGUUUAAAGCAAAAGACUGAAGUGACACUCGAAGGAAGAUCUUGGAAUUGGCUACUGCACGUGACGGCCUCUUCCUCUGUGCCCUAAGCUUAAGCUCAGUCCUGUAAGGAGUAAGUCGAGAUCUCUCUUAGCCCUCCUCUUUCGUUCCUUACCCCCAGGUGCCAGGAUCACAUACCUAGACGUGCAAAACAUGUCGUGGUGCAGAAUUAAAGCCCGAACCUCAGAGAUCCUCUGUAGUUACUCCCAGGCACUUCUUUCCAAUCUGGCCCUUGACAAGGUUUGUGAUGGGUUUGGGGUGGUAGAUUACAACUGUCCUAACACAGUUAUUACUUUGAGACUAAUUGGAAUCGAAGGUGCCCUGCAUCUUCUAGGAUUAGAUUCGCUGUCUUGGCAAUCAUAAUAGCCGAUUUCCACAUCUCUGUACAUCUGCCAUUAUCAUUCUGCUAAUGCUUGGAUGUUAGAGCUGCAAGGGGAUUCUCUAAUGAGCUAGUGAAAGACUCACAAAAUAGGCUGUAAUUUGUAAUUUGGCUCCUCUCUUUAGAGUCAUUAAUUACAGUUUGCUGAGUAACUAAUCCACCUUUUCAGAUACACAGGCGUAUCACUGAUAUCUCACCUACUAAAAUAUGUUUUAGCCUACUACUGAAGGAUAAAUGUAAUUGAUGAAAAUUAAUUUCUGUAGUAUUGGAGACACACGUAUUUCUCUAGGGGAGGCAGAUAUUCCUGUCCUCAGUGGAUGCAAGCCCCUGAAUGCGACAAAAGUCUAUGGAUCUGGUCUAAAGCUGAAAUUUUACUGCACCUCUGGAAGUAUUUGUACUUUGCAAAAUGAAAGAUGGCAAUUUUAGUGAUAUAAUCGACAUUAACGUUUGAGAAAACAGCUUUCAAUUUUGAUUUUUCUGCUCUUUUUUCACGCGUUCAGGGUCAACGUCCCACUUUCACUUUACGUUUCUUGUUUUAAGUUGGUCUGAAGGAUGCUCUCAAAACCGUUUGGACCGAUGUAGUUCACCAACAAACUUUUGCCUGUUGUCCUUGCCUGCUGUGAGACCUUUUCAAAAACAUUUGUAUCAGCCAAACUCGGGGGGGUGAGAGAUGGUCACGUCACAAAAUCCACCCUGAGCUGUUCCUGUGCCCGCAGCCUGAGUCGGUGGGAUGGGUGUAAGGAUCAAACCUCCCCUUUGUGCCUCCAGACCGUCUCUUGGAAACUGAAUGGGAACAAAUUGGCUGGGGUCCCCUGGGGACAUUCGGACUGUGUGGCUCAUGCCAUGUCAGUAUAAAUAAGGCUAAAUUGUCUGAUGUGGACAAUCCAACAACUUUCUCACGCUCUAAAUUCCACAGGGUUUUUUUGACAGAUAGCAAUUUUAGACCAAGAAAUUGUUUGAUGUUAUAAAUAAGGUAGUUCUGGGCUUUUUUUGGCUUGCCCCUCUACUACUGUAGGGUCUUUGUUGGAGCUACUUGGUUAAAUACUGUCACCGCCUUGUAAGCAAUGGCUAUUAAAGUAGGCCCAGCAGACCAGGCUCCAUCUUAUUGACACUUUGCAAGAAAAUAAAUCAGGUUGUUCUUCCACUUACCAAAAGAAAGAGCCAACAGCAUAUGGCUGAAGUAAAUCCAUUAGAGAAUAAACAAAAAUGCCGGUAAAACAUACAGAGGCAAAUGUCUGGUAUAGGUAGCAAAAGUGCGGACAGUCAGCUCAUAAAAAGGUCAAAAUUACAUGUCUUAAAAAACAAGGGGAAGCGAUUAAGGGGCAGAUUCACCAAGAAAAUUCAAGCUGUGGUGACCAAGUAAAUUUAGAAAUUGGUGGAAAGGAAGAGCAAGUGGAUGUUGUCUCUGACAUCCUGAAGUAAUUCCUCUUUAUUAAGGUUCAUGACAUGCAAAUGCCAGCUUCUGAAUUAUAGCUGCAGUGAUGUACCAAAUGUUUUCUAGCAUAUCCUAUCGUGAGCAGAAAUAUCAGUGUCGUAAAAAAAAAAAAAAUCGUGUGUAAAUAUGACUCAUAAAUGAUUUCUGAGAGAUGUGAUUUAUUUUUCGUAUUUUUCAAGAUGCAUUCCAUUUCAAAUAAAGAGGUAUCUAUUGAAAAAGCUCUCGA